CCCACUUUAAACUGUCCCCCGAUCUCACCUCCACAAUCUCGUCAAUCGUUUCCUUUGCAAAUUGCACGGCGUAAGGCAAAACCUGACUCUCAAUAUGUUUCUCAAACAGGACAUCUUGGGACCUCUGCACGAUAUGCUCCACCAACGACACAAUAAACAGUUCCCCCUCCUCGGUGUCAAUCAGCUGCAGGUAAUCAUCUUUGGUGGUUGUCAUCGUGGGAGACUUUGUCGUGGUGAAGAUGAAAGCUUCAACUGUGAUCUGGUCGGAAGGGCGUGUAGUUGAUUACGUGAAGGCUUAUUGUUGGGUUGUUGGAAGGAUGAGUCAUCGCAGUAUCGCUCUGCUAGGCGUUUUUAAAUUGCAAACAUUUGUCGAUCCGUUGACACCUAUAGACUUUGAAGCCCUUCCCAACAAUGUCUGUAACUCUGCAUACCGACCUGGGCGACAUCAAAAUUGAGGUCUUUUGCGAAGCGACACCCAAGGCCGCUGAGAAUUUUCUGGCCCUCUGUGCAAGCGGAUAUUACAACAACUGCCUCUUCCACAGAAAUAUGAAAGGCUUCAUGAUCCAAACUGGGGAUCCAACGGGAACCGGAAAAGGUGGAACGAGUAUCUGGGGUCGAAAGUUUGAGGAUGAGAUCAAGGCAACCUUAAAGCACAAUGCCCGAGGCAUCGUCUCCAUGGCUAACAAGGGCCCAGAUACCAAUCUGUCCCAGUUCUUUAUUACCUAUGCAAAACAAGCACAUCUGGAUUCAAAGUACACUGUGUUUGGAAAAGUGAUUGACGGAUGGGAUGCGUUGGACUCGUUGGAGAAGGUACCAGUGGAUGAGAAGUCCCGGCCGAUACAGGACGUGCGGAUACGCACUGUUACAAUACAUGCAAACCCUAUAGCAGAGGCUGUGGGGCGAUGACCUGUCAACACUAGAGCUCCCCGCGUGAUAAUUGUAAAUAAUCUGAACAUUGGAAACUUUGGUACUGGGAAUGAACUACGCGUGGAAUUCUAUUUAAAAGAUUGCUAUAUUUAUAUAUAAAAAAAAGUUGCACCCUCACAUCCCAA